UUGGUAAAAAUUCUAAAUUUUCUGUCUAUUUUGUGUAAAUAAUCGAUAUGGAUUCGUUUAUGGAGUAUUAUUUUGAGGAAGUGUUCUGUAAUUUGGACCGUGAUUGUUUGAAUGAGAGAUACAAAAGAAAGGAGCUAGUGGAAUAUUUUAGCACGGUCAUCGCUGGGUGUGCAGCAGGGCAGAACCACACCGACAACACAACCUGCAAGAACUUCAUCACAUCAGCCCUGAAGUAUCACAACAACUGCAAAUCUACCAACGGAGACGUAUGCCUCAUGGGCAAAUACCACAACGUCCUGUAUAUAGCCAUGAAGCUUUCGUUUGAUUGGAGUCUCCAGGAUAACGGAGUGGUUGCAGCUCUCUUGGAUGAGCUGUAUGCAUGUGAAAAGACGUUUGAGAGAAUAUUUUUGGGUGAGUCUCUCUUGGAUGAGCUGUAUGCAUGUGAAAAGACGUUUGAGAGAAUAUUUUUGGGAGCUAUUUUUGGUACAUCAGCGCCUUACUUUCUAGCCGGUUGGAAAUCAGACUUCAUGGACAAAGAAGAAAACGUUCACGCGCUAGUCUUCUUCUUGGAUCACGCAACUAACGCCAAUUUGGAAUACACAGAAGAGGGAAAAGUGUAUCGUUUUAUCGACGUUCCUCUAGAAAGUUGCGGAAAAGCAUCACCCGUGAGGGUAGUGAUACAAAUGGGAACAUCAGAAAUGCUAAUGAUUCUGCUUCGAUUCGGUGCCCAAAUUUUCUCUGAUAAUGUUGCUACAAAUCCUGUAGAAUCUAUUUUAGAUAGGUUAAAGGAUUAUAACAGAGUGUACCCAUAUGAAUUAGUAUCAUGUUUGAAGUUAGUGCUAAGAGCAAUACCAAAAAUAACUUUCACGGUCGACAAGAGAGUAUUUAUGCAUUUGGAAUUACCUGACGAUUAUAAUUACGACAGAAAGGUUGCUUUAGAGAAAUAUGGGGAAAUACUACAAGAUCAUUUGAUUCCAAGUUCAAGGUGUGGUCUACAGCCAGUGGAAUUGAAGCAUCUGUGUAGAUGUGAGGUACGGAAAAUGUUGUGGAAUAAUUUUGAAUUGCCUUUUGGUAUUCCGAAGUUAGGGGUGCCAGUUGCUUUGCAAAGAUACUUAGAUCUUUUGGAUGAUUAAACUUUU